GUUGACACGGUCAGUGGACUGCUGCUGAGAUAAACUGCUUUUGCUCCUUGUCAAUACCAUUAGCGCGUAGAGUAAGUAUUAAUCCUCCAGAGUUCACUUUGCCGCGGUCGGAUAUGGAAAAAAAAAAUGCGGUGUGAGGUGAGAUCUGCAAGGAACGCCGAUUUCUCCUUUUGCUCCUUAUUGGGAUGUCCUUUGCUCGGCUUUUUGGCUUGUUCUUGUUGCUCUCUUGAAUCCUUAAUGAGUACGUACAUUUGCACUCACAGAAACAAUGAUUUAGCAAUCUGGUCAACGAACAACUGGUUCCGUCCACAUGGGUUUGUCCGACCAUACGAUAACCUCUUUCUGAUCAAAUGGUCCCUGCUGCUCAUUUUUGAUCUCUGCUUUUUCUACUUCCUCAAUCAUUUCCUGGACGCCAUCACACUGAAUCGAAAGGACGCAGGAGAAGAACUUGAUACCAUUUUCGACGGACGCCUUUUACUAGAUACCGCAUGGACCUAUCCAAUUAUGGCUUUUCUUAGUGUCCUAACGAAACUCCUUAGCCUGACCACGUCCUUGAUCGACACUGAAGACGGAUCUGUAGCUAAAAAGCGAAUUGAUACUCCUCGAAGCCAAUCAUACGUGCGACGAGUCGGUGUUUCUGUUGUGAAUGCCCGUACUGGACUAUGUGGCAUUUGCCGGGUAAAAGUACCCGAGGCCACGCGCCACUGCAAGUCGUGUAACAAAUGUGUUUCUGGAAUGGACCAUCACUGUAGAUGGUUGAACUGUUGCGUAGGAGACAAAAACUACAAAUAUUUUGCUACUCUAAUCACUGUAGCUACAUUGUCCUUGAUAUGGUACCUAUGGCAGUGCAUCCACGUGCUGUAUUUAUCAUUCACAAAAAGUGAUUUAUACUCCACUGCAGUUCGACAGUAUCUUGGCCAGUCUGGCAGCGAGACACUGCAAGCUGAUACAACGACAUAUGUCAACGAACAGCACAUUUUGCUAGCCAGUGCAUUGUUAACGUUGGCUACUAUUAUUGCCCUUUUCUCCAUGUUACGUCUCGCAUUUUUCCAUAUUCAUUUAGCUUUUCUUGGACUUACAACAGCAGAGUAUCUCACUCGAACUGCUCUCAAAAUUAAUCGAAAUUCGAAUUCAGAGUAUUGCCGUUUUGACGAUACGACACCUGAUUCUGUAGAGAAGUCCGGCGAAUACCUUUCCGGAGAUGAGAACGAUGACAAUAUAUGGCGACGCCCAUGGACUCCAUCGCCAGAGGCUGUCUCCUCCAAAAAAUCAUACCCUGGAUUCAUCAUGAGAAGACUUCGAAAAACAUGGAAUGCCUUCGCAAGACCUCUCGUACAGCCAUGGUUUUCAUCUAAUCGCGGUGCUUACCGAUUGGUUGAUUUACCUCAACCAAUGCUCAAUAACGUAGAACCAUACAUAACUCACACAACAAGACGGGGUGAUGAAGGUACCAAUCGAUCUUCAGAGGACAAUGAUUUUGAAUUUGGUACAAAAACAAUUCGACCGCCAAUGCCUUUAUACGAUGGAUCUGAAGCUCCAGACUACAGUGACGAUAUGGGUCUAAACUUUCAUAUUUUGAAUGAUCUCGAUACUCCCGAAUACCAUACAAGCAAACCAGCCAACUCAAAAGAUAAAGCCAGACGAUUGCUGGGUUUAGAUGAUUGAACUGGCAGAAUUUUUCACAUUGUACAUAAUUUGACGAUGAUAUAUUGCGUUUGACUUUCUUCUUUGUGCCCGCUUGAUUAAUAUCAAUGAAUCUAUCGCCAAGUGCGAGAAAUCUGCCUAUUGGGCAUGC